GAAGGAAAUAUGCAGACAGUUGGUUUGUAACAUGUUUGCUAAGAACAUGCCAGUGAAAGAAUCAAGUGAGGGAGCGAGAAACAGCAGAGAAGGUAAAUGAGGGAGAUGAAAAGGGCAUGGAAACUAAUAAGCAGAAAUUCAGAGGAGUGUGACAUUAAUAAAUCAAAUCAAAAACUGCACACUAGAAACAGGUAGCAGUGGAUUGUAAACAAGGAGAAGUGGGGUUAGAGCGAGCACAAGUCGCGGGUUCGACCCAGAAACCCAUCAAAAGUGGGGAAAUCGCGGAGGAGCAAGGAAGCAAAGUAUUGUGCAGGGUCUGAUUAGUAUUCAGCUCACAGAGAGCUCCUGGGAUGAGCAGAGUACAGUGAGCGGCAGGCAGUGAGCCUGAGACAAGCGCCAGAACUGCAGCUGGCAAGGGACAAGUAGACAGAAGGCUAGCCCAGUGCUACUAACCACACACUCACACUCACACACACACACACAGUCUGAACAUCCACAAACAGCUACUAACCUGCAGCAUUUCAGAUGACUGAGCUCGAUCCUGAUCACUGUUAAAAGGGCACAGUGGUGAACAUCAAUAGCGCCGUGUGUGUGUGUGAGAGAGAGAGAGUGAGCCAACUAACCGUGAGAGUGCGGCAGGAUCUACAAAGUCAUCGAUUGAUUGGGAAAAGGAGCACCUUCCAACGCUUUCUUUUCGUUAGCAUUUGUUGGGAUCGUUCUCGAGGCUCCGGCUCCUGAAGGGAACAUCCCCCACCAUUUUCCUGGAGGAAGGGGGAAUAAUUUGCAGCCUGUUCGACUCUUCCCCUCCGCAGAACGGAAUGUCUCACUCAACUUUCCUGCGCUGCGGCCUUGGGCCAAUGAUCAUCCUCGUGGCCUAACAGUCAAUUGAUCACCUGACUAGCUGCCCCCGGAAACCGUCCCGACCCCUCCCUUUCAUCGUCCACCCUGCCCUGAGAAAACAAUGGAAAACCUGACAGAACUUCAGAAUCCUCUGCUCGAGAAAAACAAUAAGCAUGAUUAUGGUUACCAGGACGAUUACAGCGAGCAGCAGCACUAUAAAGAGAAGAUUUUGAACUACUUUAUGAGCAAUGGUUCUGCCAAGAACAAACCCAAAGCCAACUUCACACAUCAGCUCCUGGACGCCAGCUCCCUGCAUCUGGCUGUCGAGGCCUUUUACCGGCCAAACUUUAUUUUGUAUAAGGACGAGAUGAAAGAGGGUGUCAAGGAUUACAGGAACGACAGCAGUGAGACGACAUUCACUGAGAGGAAGAACUUGACGAUUGACUCCCCUGACCAUUCAGAAUCUAAACACGUGGACUACACAGAGAACGAUGUCAAAAUUCAAACUGUCUCCUAUGAGGUGGAGGAAGAGGAGUUUCAUGACUGUGAGAGUGACUGCUCAAGUGACAGCGAUAGUGAAGACAACUUUAUUAUGAUCCCUCCACGUGACCACCUGGGUCUGGCCAUCUUCUCCAUGCUGUGCUGUUUCUGGCCUCUGGGUAUUGCUGCUUUCUACUUCUCCCAAGGGACAAGCAAGGCUAUUGCGAAAGGAGAUUAUCAGCGUGCAACCUCAGCAUCACGAAGAGCCCUAUUCCUAGCAGCACUCUCAAUCACCAUUGGAACAGGAGUGUAUGUGGGGGUCAUUGUGGCACUCAUUGCAUACUUGUCAAAGCCAGGACAUGUAUAGUGUUGAACUCCAAACUGGUCUUCGAAGUGAUGGUUCUUCAGCUGUUUGAUUAUCCAAUUUUAUUGCCCCGUUAAUUGAGUAACUUGUGUGUAUUUUUCAUUGUAUGACCAUUUUGGAUGGAGGGAAUGUGUGCUAUGUGGUAAUGAGGAGGGCUAAGGUGCUUGCUUCAUACCUCUGCACUGGGAGCUUUUGAGUGGUAACAGUAGCCAAGUCUCGAGUCCAUUAGUGUCUCCUCAGUCCUGGACUGGACAGCCAUGUGAGAUGCCUUGGAAGAAACAGAGCACUUUACUAUGAAAGGGAAGUGGGAUUGAGAGAAACCCUAUCAUUGCCAUCUCACCCUGUUGAGCUAACACAUAAUCAAUUGGAGACGGUGCUGCAGGUGGGGGAGAAAAAAGGUGGCCUCAUCUUCCCUCUUCCGAUGGCUUAAAGGAAGCAGGUAGAGCAGAAAAUGCCAAAGCAGAAGGAGAUUAAGGCGAGGGGACAGGAAAUAAUUCUGUACAAAUGUAAAUAACUGGUCUAGGGCAAGAGUGGAUAAGCCAAUGUUAUGGAAAUAGGCCAUUUGCUGUUGCUAAGCAAACUAUGCCCUGGGUCAUUCUCUCUCAAUAAGCCAAUUAUGCCAUAAUUAGCUGUUUAAUGUUAAUGUAGCUGUGUCAUAAAGGCUACCUCUUUGAUUAUGCUCGGUCUGUUCGAAAUGCUGUGUGACAUAAAAAGGCCUGGAUCCCAUUAUAAAUGUACAAUCAUACUGUUUUAUUUUGUGGAAGUCAAAAACAUUCUGAAAAUUAAAUGUGACUUUUUAAAACUGAAAUCUGAUUUCAUCCAAAGCUAAUAUCAUGCCUUUACUAUUAUCAGCCUACACAUCAAACACUCAGACAUGACAAACCGCGAGUACACCACUUUGUGACCUUCAGGGUCGAGCUAAUAAGAAAUAUCUGUUUCAUCAUUCAUCAUUCCUUCCCCAUCAUGGACACUGAUUGGGUUUACCUUGUUCUUACGUUCCUAUUUAGUUCCUCUCCACUUGAAAUUGCACAGUAACCCAUCACCACAGUCAGUGGAUCCCUCUGUAUUUGAAGCUUUGUUUUCUUUUGAUUGAUGUGAGUUAAUGAGAAAGGAGUAUGGUUUAGCUGGGUUAUAUUGGUCCUUUCUGACAUUUGCUUAACAUCAACGUCAGCUUUACCAAGAAGCUGAGAGUCGGUGAAAUGUCAACAGACACAAGAUUGUACGCCGAUGACAGCAUUAACAAGGAUUCCACCAGACAAAGGAUGGAGUUGAGCUUAUAAAUCCACAAAUCCAUUCCAUUCUUACCGUCAGGAGUUAUGAGAGCUUCAGCACAAAAAGGAAUAGUUCAGUUUACUACAUCAAAGGGAAAAGUACAUUUCA